UGCCGGCGGGGCCCCGCUCCCGGUGCGGAGGCGGCAGGUGCCCGGGACAUGCGGCGGCGGUAGGACGCGCGGCGGCGAUGGGCGGCCGGGGGCUGCCGCUGCUGCUGGGGCUGCCGCUGCUGCUGGGGCUGCCGGCGGCGGGGCGCGCCGCCUCCAAGGCGCUGGUGUGCCAGGAGAUCACGGUGCCGAUGUGCAAGGGCAUCGGCUACAACCUCACCUACAUGCCCAACCAGUUCAACCACGACACGCAGGACGAGGCUGGGCUAGAGGUGCACCAGUUUUGGCCGCUGGUGGAGAUCCAGUGCUCCCCGGACCUGCGCUUCUUCCUCUGCAGCAUGUACACCCCCAUCUGCCUGUCCGACUAUACGAAGCCGCUGCCCCCCUGCCGCUCCGUCUGCGAGCGGGCCAAGGCCGGCUGCUCGCCCAUCAUGCAGCAGUACGGCUUUGCUUGGCCCGAGAGGAUGAGCUGUGACAGCCUGCCGGUGCUGGGGGACACCGAGGUGCUUUGCAUGGGAUACAACCACACGGAAGCCACUACCCUGCCGCCUUUCUUUGGGAAGCCCACACGCCCUGCCAAGGACAUGGCCAAAAACCUGACGCCACUCGAUGGGCAGCGCCUCUCAGGGCUGGACUGUGGUCAGACUUGCAAGUGCAGAGCGCCCCUGAUCCCCAUCUCCAAGGAGUCCCAUCCACUGUACAACCGCAUCAGGACUGGGAAGGUACUCAACUGUGCCAUCCCCUGCUACCAGCCCUACUUCACCCAGGAUGAGAAGACCUUCACUACCUUCUGGAUCGGCCUCUGGUCCAUCCUCUGCUUCCUCUCCACCUCAACCACCGUGGCCACCUUCCUCAUUGACAUGGAGCGCUUCAAGUACCCUGAGCGCCCCAUCAUCUUCCUCUCUGCCUGCUACCUCUUCGUCUCCAUGGGCUACAUCGUGCGGCUGGUGGCAGGGCAUGCCAGCGUGGCUUGCAACCCGGAGCACCAUCACAUCCAUUACGAGACCACGGGCCCUGCUCUCUGCACCGUGGUUUUCCUUCUCCUCUACUUCUUCGGUAUGGCCAGCUCCAUCUGGUGGGUCAUCCUGUCCCUCACCUGGUUCCUGGCAGCUGGCAUGAAGUGGGGCAAUGAGGCCAUUGCCAGCUAUUCGCAGUACUUCCACCUGGCUGCCUGGCUCAUCCCCAGUGCCAAAUCCAUUGCUGUACUGGCACUGAGCUCUGUGGACGGUGACCCGGUGGCCGGGGUUUGCUAUGUGGGCAACCAGAGCCUGGAGAAUCUGCGGGGCUUUGUGCUGGCACCACUUGUAGUUUAUCUCUUCACCGGGAGCCUCUUCCUGCUGGCCGGCUUCGUCUCGCUCUUUCGCAUCCGCAGCGUGAUCAAGCAGGGCGGCACCAAAACUGACAAGCUGGAGAAGCUGAUGAUCCGCAUCGGCAUCUUCACCGUGCUUUACACUGUGCCUGCCACCAUCGUCAUUGCCUGCUACAUCUACGAGCAGCACAACCGAGAGGCCUGGGAGCAGGCACAGAACUGCUCCUGCCUGGGGGACCCUCACCGCCCCAAGCCUGACUAUGCUGUCUUCAUGCUUAAGUACUUCAUGUGCCUUGUGGUGGGGAUCACCUCUGGUGUUUGGAUCUGGUCUGGCAAGACACUCGAGUCCUGGAGGCGCUUCACCACCCGCUGCUGCCGGGCCAGGAAGCCUGCGGGUGCCUCUGUGUACGGUGAGGCCAGCCCAGCACUGGUGGGCAGGAUGGUACUGCCCAGUAUGGCCUCCUACCACAAGCAGGUCCCACUGUCCCAUGUGUGACCAGAGGGAGCUUCGGUGACCCCAGCCACAGGGAGGAGAGGGUUGCGAAGACCCUGGGCCACAGAAGAGGGGGUGACAGCUGGGCUACCCCUGGCAUCUUCAUCCCCACCAUGGUGGUGCUGCCUGGGACCACGGGCACAGAGCAGCUGCAGCCCCAGGCAGGGCAGGAGGAGGUGCUGCUGACUAUGUCGGGGCAGAGGGAUGGGGAGGUCUGGAGCCUGGCACUGCUGUGUAUGCCCCAUUUGGAGUCCCACAUCCUGGUUGGAGUCCUGGGAUGCUGCUGCCUGUGGGCCCGUCGGGUGGAAGUAGGCUCUCAAGCACUGAUUUGUGUUCCUCAGUGAGCCUCUGGGCAGGUCUUGCUGGUGCUGGGGUGAAAGGCAGAGCUGUAGCAGGCAGGGCAGAUGGUGGCCUCCAACCCCAGGUGGGGGCUGGCACUGCCGCUGAGCCCCUCACUAAAGCCCAGAGAGUGGUCAGGGGGAGGUGGCAGGGGGGUGCUGCUUCCCUGGGUGCCCUGGGCAGAGCAGGAGACUGCCCUCAGUGCCCCCAGAGCCCCCAGGCACAGCUGCAUAUUGAGGAGGAGAAGCCUGGGGGCCCUGGUGUGAGGCAGCCGCGUGCCCUGCUCAGGCAGCAGCACAUUGAGCAGGGAGAGGAGCUGUGCAGGCCGGGGGCUUCAUGGGUGGUGGCAGUGCAGGAGGAAGGGGCCGUGGAGAGGAUCUGCCACAGGGGCAGGGUCCCAGCUGUCUGCAGCGCAGACAGGGACCAGGUGAUCCCCUGCGGUCCCUUCUGCCCUGGGCAAGCACAUCCAGCUCGCUUCAGUCAGGGGCUCAGGGCCGGGCAGGAGCCAGCUGCACUGCCCAUGGAGCCACUUGGCCUGGGGACUGCACGAGGGGCUGUGUGGGUGGGGAGCCUGCCGGCCCAGCACGGGUUUGCAAGGAGUCCUGGCCCCAAGAGCGGGCUCUUCUGAGCUGCCCCGUGUCCUGCCCGCCAGCUGUGGCAUGUGGCACAGCAGCUGAGUGCAGCACAACCAGCCCUAAAAGGGUGGGUGCACCCCUGCAGUGAGCAGUGACUGCACAGGGGUGUCCCAGCCAGGUGGCAGGCUGUCUCUCCAGAGCAGCAGCUGGGUUUUCCGGUCAGUCGGCUUCAAUACUUGUUGCUGCUUUUUUCAAAGCUGUGCCUCUGCUGAGAGAGUACCAGGUUUGAGAUGGAGCAGUUAAUUUAGGAAAACUUAGCUGAGCACUCACACCUUUUUUCCUCCAACUUCCCAAGCCUUUUUCACUUCCCUGGAUCAGACAGCAGCUGAGCACUGACAAAACCAUUGCCUGGCAUUAAGCAGUGGUGACAGCUGAGUUUCAGUAAGUAGAAUAUGGUGGGGGGGGGGCCUGUUGUCAAAGUCACUAAAUGCAGCCAGGGCAAGGGGCUCCAGCUGUGGUGCAGGAUGAGGCUGGCUGCCUCUGUCCACUUGUAAAAGCACCUGAGUAUUAAGGGGUUUUUUUUCUGCCUGCCCUAAGCAGUGGUGAUGUAUGUAACUAUCCAGCCAUUACUGGAGUCCUUUUUGCCCUUCAUCAAGCGUGGCACUGUGACCCAGCUGUUCAAGCACUGGAGAACAACUGCUGGCUUUGCUCCUGCAGGACUGCAAGGAUCUGAGGUUGAUCUUAACACCUUUGGACCACUUCAGUCAAAAAGUUUUCCACCUCAUUUUAAAACCAAAACCUGGGAAGCGAGGGAACUCUCAAGUGGCACAUCUCUGGAUAAAGGUACUGCAUGAGUGUCUCUGGGGAGUCCUGGAUAGAGGAGAUAGAGGUGCAAGGAUGGAAGGCUCACCAGGGGCUGUUCAGCUGCACCCAUCCACACUCUUGCAAUAGGGCUCACCCCCUCCAGCAGGUUGGAGUACUUUAUUGUGGACAGAAUUGCACCAUAUUGUGUUACACACUGUAAAUAGUUGUAUUAUAGCCUAAUUUGUACAUAAAGGAGCUGUAGUGACCUUUGAUACAGGUUAGGGACAGGUGUGUUCUCAGCAAUGAGGCAGGUCAGGUGCAGGGACACUGUGGGUAGUCUCGUGCUGUAAUCCAGGGCAUUAAAUUAUUCCAGCCUCCUCCAGUCCGCACCUUGCUGGACUCCUCUCUCUCUAUAGUGCCUUUUGUAGAUACAGCUAAACACACAUCAUGCAAUACAAUGAACAAAACCAUGUCAAAGGUGGUAUUUUGCUGUUUUUGUUUUUUCCAAAGUGCAACUGACUGUGUAAAGAUAUCCAAGAUUAGCUACAAACCGUUGCCUAUUGAAAAACGCAAAAGAAUUUUCAGCUUUGAUGUGAUGGUAGGGUAAUACAAUCAACUCGUAUUUGAGCCUGGCUUCUCAGCAACAAGUGGCAGUAGGGGGUAAGGAGCCGUUGCCGUGUGCCCUGUCUGCUGUAGCCAAUUUAUAUGUUGGGUUUUGCCUCUUCCAUUACCGAUGCUGUUCAAUGUUGCUUAAAUUACUGUACUAUAUUAUGUGAAAA